GAAUUUGACAAGAAAACGAAGCUUUGAUUCAGAUACAUUUUGAAUUGAAACCCGAGAUGUACUAGAGUUUAGAUUCUUUCAUUUGAAUAAGGUAUGGUCUGAAUAUGCGUUGCUUGGCAGCUCGGGUCAACUAUAAGACUUUGAUUAUCAUCUGUGCAUUCUUCACCCUGGUCACGGUGCUUCUGUGGAACAAGUGUUCCAGCGACAAGGCCACCCAGUUUCCACGGCACCUGAGCAGUGGCUUCAGAGCAGAUGGAUUAGAAAAGAGAGCAGCAGCCUCGGAGAGCAACCACUAUGUGAAGCACGUGCCCAGGCUGCAGUCUGAGGAGGCCUUCGCACAGGAGCAGCAGAAAGCUCCCCCUGUCGUUGGGGGCUUCGGCAGCAAUGGGGGAAGCAAGGCGCUAGGGCUCAAGUAUGAGGAAAUCGACUGUCUCAUCAACGACGAGCACACAAUCAAAGGGAGGCGGGAGGGUAGCGAGGUCUUCCUCCCGUUCACCUGGGUGGAGAAGUAUUUUGAUGUCUAUGGCAAGGUGGUUCAGUAUGAUGGCUAUGACCGCUUUGAGUUCUCUCACAGCUAUUCCAAAGUCUACGCACAGAGAGCCCCAUAUCACCCCGACGGCGUGUUCAUGUCCUUCGAAGGCUACAAUGUGGAAGUCCGAGACAGAGUCAAGUGCAUAAGUGGGGUUGAAGGUGUGCCAUUAUCUACACAAUGGGGACCUCAAGGCUAUUUCUACCCAAUCCAGAUUGCUCAGUAUGGGCUAAGUCAUUACAGCAAGAAUCUGACGGAGAAGCCUCCUCACAUAGAGGUGUAUGAGACGGCUGAGGACAGGGACAGGGACACCAGGCCUGGUGACUGGACUGUGCCGAAGGGCUGCUUCAUGGCCAGCGUGGCGGAUAAGUCCAGAUUCACCAAUGUUAAGCAGUUUAGCGCUCCAGAAACCAGCGAAGGUGUGUCCUUGGAACUGGGCAAUACCAAGGAUUUUAUUAUUUCAUUUGACCUCAAGUUCUUGACCAACGGGAGUGUGUCCGUGGUUCUAGAGACCACAGAAAAGAACCAGCUUUUCACUGUGCAUUACGUGUCCAACACACAGCUGAUCGCUUUCAAAGACAGAGACAUUUACUACGGCAUCGGGCCCAGGACAGUCUGGAGCACCAUCACCAGGGACCUGGUCACCGACCUCAGGAAGGGAGUGGGGCUUUCCAACACGAAAGCUGUCAAGCCAACCAAAAUAAUGCCCAGGAAGGUGGUCAGGCUGGUCGCGAAGGGGAAGGGCUUCCUCGACAACGUCACCAUCUCCACCACGGCCCACAUGGCCGCGUUCUUUGCCGCCAGCCACUGGCUGGUGCGGAACCAAGACGAGAAGGGUGGCUGGCCCAUCAUGGUGACCCGCAAGCUGGGGGAGGGUUUCCGGUCCUUGGAGCCGGGCUGGUACUCGGCCAUGGCCCAGGGGCAGGCCAUGUCCACGCUGGUCAGGGCCUAUCUGUUGACUAAAGACCACACGUUCCUCAAUGCAGCUUUAAGGGCAACCGCCCCCUACAAAUUUCCAUCCGAGCAGCACGGAGUCAAAGCCGUGUUUAUGAACAGGCACGACUGGUAUGAGGAGUACCCGACCUCGCCCAGCUCAUUCGUCCUGAAUGGCUUCAUGUACUCCCUGAUCGGGCUGUAUGACCUGAAGGAGACCGCGGGGGAGCAGCUGGGGAGGGAGGCGCGACUCCUGUAUGAGCGUGGCUUGGCGUCUCUGAAGGCCAUGCUGCCACUGUAUGACACCGGCUCGGGGACCAUUUACGACCUCCGCCACUUCAUGCUGGGCAGCGCCCCAAACCUGGCCCGCUGGGACUACCACACCACGCACAUCAACCAGCUGCAGCUCCUCAGCACCAUCGAUGAGGCCCCGAUCUUCCGGGAGUUCGUCCGGAGGUGGAAGAGCUACCUGAAGGGUGGCCGGGCCAAGCACAACUAGGGGCUCUGUGGAGGCCCAGCCUCUGGCCAGGCCA